UUUGAUAUUUGGCAGUUCAUUCCGCCGAUUGAACCAAACCCCCGAAACCCAUAAAACUCAAUCUCUCGCCUUCUCUUCUGUUCUCUCCCAAAUGGAGUUCGUCAUUUGAAUUCAAUACUUCCUCAGUUUCCGUUCUCCUCUCUCUCUCUCUCUACAAUGGCCAGCAGUUGGAGAAGAUCGUUCGGGAAUGUCAGGUCCUUCAUCGGCAAUUCAAUGGGCGGUCUCAGAGGCGGUAGCAAUCUCGCUUCCUGGAUUGUCGCCGGAACCCUCGCCUACUUCCUCUGGGUCAAGCCAUCCCAAGAUCUUAAACGCGAACAGCAGGAAAGGGCUGCUCUUGCAGACACGGAUCCUCAUCGGUAUAUUGAGAAGAGGAAACCUAUUCCCGAUCCUCAGGAAACUGGUUUGAUAUACGGCAACAAGAAUACGCCUCGAAAACCGGAGGAAUAAUCUGUAGACUGAAAAUUUUGGAGAAAGAAAUGUUAUCAAUUGGAGGUGAAGGAGGUCAGUAAUGUCGGUAGACGCUAGAAGAACUGCAUGAUUCUCUUUUAACGUUAUGAUGUGAAGAUUAAAAGGUGAUAGAUGAGGAAGGGGUACAGUUCUAGUUCAGUAAAAAGAAACGAAGCCUUCACUUGAGGAAGGUUGAAAAAGUUUUGCAAUUGACUUCUUCACUAUAUGUUAUUUACUGUUGGCUUUGAUGAUCAAUGAUAUUGUAUACCAUGGCUGUAUAAUGGUUUCAAAAUAUGGUAUUAAUUGAUUGAGUAAUUAAUUAUAUUUGAAUAUUCAAUUUCUAGAUUUUUUUUAUAGGUUUUGUUAACUCUUAUGGUUUUUUUUGGGGAACAAUAUGAUUUUGGUCCCUCAGGUUUGGAGUAGGGGUCUGAACACUUUUGGUUCCUGAGAUUUGGUGUAAUCUUAAGUUUCAAAAUAUACAUUUUUGUUCUUAAAGUUUACAAAAUAGUCUCUGUUAGUGACUUUCUAUACCUCUUCUCUUCCUCUCUCUUAUCUUUCUCUCUCGUCUCUAACCAACGACGGCCGACCAUUUCUAUCUUUACCCAUUGCCUAUCGUCGAUGGUGAGCGGAGGCACCAUCAUCGCGUCGUGGCUCUAUACUGCCAACCACAACCACGUCGUGACUCUCUUUACUUCAUCUCUCUCUUUUCUCUUUUGCAACCACUCCCAAAAUUCAAAGUCACACGCAAUUCUCUCUCCUUCUCUCAUCCUUAUCUCAUCCUAUCUUCAGGUAGAGUUCUUGGAAUAUGGGUUCUCUUUCCCCCCAAAAUCCCUUUCUUUCUUAAUUUCUUUCUCCCACAAACCCCUUUCUUCCUUAAUUUCGUGCACCCUUUUAAGAAUUGUAUCCCAAGAACUCCUUUCUUGCUUAAUUUCAUUCCCCCAAAAAGAGAUUGAAAUCCAAACAAGAAAACCCAUAUCCUAAGAACGGUAAAUGAAAGAAAGAGGUUUUUUUUCAAUCUUUUUUUUGUUUCUGCUUCAACAUGGUGCACGAAAUAGCUGCAAAUGGAAUGCGUUCAAUGGGCUCUCAACACUUGUUCCCCAAGAAAAUGCCCAUCAAAUUAUCCCCCAGAUUUUUUUCGAUCAAAAUGGCUGUUGUUUUAAUUGUCACAAUGUUGUGUCUUUUGAUGACUUCUUCGACCAACUUCUCGAUCUUUCUAACCAAGACGAAUUUGUUGAGGAAGAGAUGAGGAAAUCUUUCUAACCAAGACGAAUUUGUUGAGGAAGAGAUGAGGAAAUCGUUGAGGACGAGGAAGACAAAUUUGGCAAGCCUCUAAUGGCUUUCUCAUUUCGUUGAAGAUUCUUUCUUCGGAUUCUCCACCCCAUUCCCCUCUGUCGAAAUUUCUGCGCUCUUGAAAUCGUUUGAGGAGGUCGUUGCUGUCGACGUGAAACUGGAAACCCACAGUCCCCUUUUUGCAACCUUGUUUCAAAACCCUCAGUCCAGUCAAGGCUCGAAGCAAGCGGACAAGAACUGACGGUCGAGUUUGGUGCCUUCGCUUAUAAAAAUGGUCGGAGAUGGAAGAGGAAGAGAAAGAGAAAGAGGAAGAGAAAAGGGACAUAAAGCCACUAACAGUCAAAUGAUCAUUUAGAGCUAUUUUUCAAACUCCUAAAGACCAAAAGGGUAUAUUUUGAAACUUAGAGACUAAAUAGACACCUAAACCAAACCACAAGGACCAAAAAUGUUCAUUUUUAAACUUUAGGGACAUCUACUCCAAACCUCAUGGACCAAAGGGUAUUUUUUCCUUUUUUUUUUUAUAUUUGUGACUGUCCAAGCCAGCUUUCAUGUACCUCGACUGGUAUCACGAUACAACCGCAUACAUAUAUAUAUAGUUCAAGGAUCUUAUUAUUGUAACUUAAUUACAUUCCUAUUGUUAUUAAUGUUUUAAAAUCA